AUGUCAAAUGUUAAAUUGGCUAAAACGUUAGAGAGAUUUGAAACAAAAAUUAAGGAUGGACAUUACUAUGAAGCACAUCAAACAUUAAGGACAAUUACUAAUAGAUACGUUAGGGCUAAGAAGUACGAUGAUGCAAUUGAAUUGUUAGCAAAGGGUGCGCAACUAUUAAUCAAAGCAAAACAAGGAGGUUCAGCUACGGAUUUAAUAUUUUAUUUAUUAGAAGUUUAUGACUUGGCAAAAAUUCAAGUUGAUGAUCUAAGUAGUUCUAGAUUGGUGCAAUUGUUAAGUAUUUUGGAUCCACAAGAACCUAAUUUAAAAGAUGUUAUAACAGGUGUUAAUAAUUGGAGUAUUAAAUUUGGAAAAUAUAAAUUUGGGGAUCCAUACUUGCACCAUAUUAUGAGUAAAAAAUUAUUACAAGGUGGUUACUGUUAUGAAGCCGAAAGAUAUAUGGUUUUGGCUACUAAGGAUUCUAUUGAAGACUAUGUUAAUUUCUUGUGGGAUUGGUAUUUGCAAGCUCAAGAAGAAAGUAAAGAAGAAGGUGAUUGUAAUAUUGCUGAUUUUUAUUCCAGAAUUAUUCUCAAUUAUUUGUUUAUUUUUAAUAUAAAAUUUGCAUAUUCAGCAGGCGAAAUGUUUUUAACUAAGUUUAUCAAUAAUAACAAGAAAAAAGUUACCAGCUGGAAAAUUAAGAAAAAUGAAUUUGAACUGAGCUUUUUCCCAGACUACGAAGAAUUGAAUUUUUUGGAGCUAUUAUUAUUAACAUGUCAAAGUGGGAAUAAAGCUUUGUUUAUAGGAUUGAAACAAUCAUUCCCCAAUAUAGAAUCAAAAUACAGCAACGAAUUACAAUAUUUAGGCCAAGAAUAUUUUGGAAUUAAGACCCAAAAGCCAGUAAAUUUUUUGCAAGAUAUGAUGUCUGGGUUAUUGGGAGGUGGGUUAUAA